AUGACGGCCGAGGAGCUGCGCGGCGAGAGGCCGUUUCUGUGGAUCUGCAUCAUGACUAUCGCGUCGAGGGUGUCGAGCCAGCAGCUUGCGCUGGGGCAGCGAGUGCGGCAGAUUGUGAGCCAUAAGCUGCUUAUUGAGAAUGAGAGGAGUAUUGAUUACUUGCUCGGGUUGUUGGUGAUCUUGGGAUGGGCGAAUCACCAGCUUGGGAACAAGCCGUUCAUGUGCUUGUUUUGUCAGAUUGCGAUUGGUCUCAUCUUCGACUUGGGAAUGUCCCGUGACCCCUUGGACAACUUGAAUCCUUUUCUUUGCUGGAAGGCUGCUCAGGAGAGGGCUGAUAGGGAGAAGACUGGGGCCGUGGGGCAGACUUUGUACGUCAAGUCGCAGAUGCCGCGGACGAUGGAGCAGCGGAGGGCUGUGGUUGCGUGCUAUCUCAUCUCAUCAGCUGUCGCGAGCUUCUUGGGCAAGAUGGACCCCUUGCGCUGGACACCGCACAUGGACGAGUGUCUGCAGGUUCUUGACGAGCAGCCCGAAUCGCCUUCAGACCGGACCCUCGUCGCGCUGGUCAGAAUGCAGCUACUCAAGGAGGAGGCCGGCAAGCUUUCCGCGGCAUGGCGUCCCGAGAACACGUUCGACAUUGUGGAUGCGCACAAGACGCCGCCUGCCAUGUACGUCAAGCUUCUCCAGAGGCAGCUCCAGCAACACAUCCAGAGCCUGCCGUCAGAGCUCCAAAGCACAGACACAAUCAUCGCCCAACUCCACUGCACAGAACUCUCCAUCCAAGAAAUCGCCCUCUCCAACAAAACAGCCACCUGCGUACCAGCCAACCUCCCCGACGUAGCCCGCCUCGACAUCCUCUACGCCUGCCUGUACGCCGUCAAAGCCUGGUUCGACCACUUCCUCACCCUCCCGCCCGCGGCCUACUACACCACCCCCUUCCUCACCUUCGCCCAGCUCUCCCACUGCACCAUCGCCCUCUACCGCCUCUCGGUGCUCGAAGACCCGGUCUGGGACCGCGCGAGCGUAAGGUCGACGAUUGAUCUCAUUGCGACGCUGGACGAGAUUGGGGACCGGUUUAUGAGGGUUUGCAGCGAGGCUGGGUUGAAUGUCGAUGUGGAGGAGGGGAAUGCGUUUGCGAAAGCUGUGAAGACGAUUAAGGGGCUCAAGGGGACUUGGGAGGCUGCUAUGGCGCCGUUGGCCAAGGUUGAUGCGCCUUCGGCGGCGGGGGUUGAUGGGACGGGGGUGCUUGGGGGUUUGAUGGGUGGUGGUGCUGGGGUUGGGGAGGUUGAGUUGGGGCAGUUUGGGUUGGAUUUGAUGGAUAAUCGGUGGUUUACGGAUAUUUUUACGCCGUUUGAUUUUUAG